UUGACCACAUCCCACUUACGAAAAGAGAGAAUCAUGGAGAAAACUUCAGCUGCUCGUGCAAUUGAAUGGAAUAUCGAUCUUGAGAAGAGCCUCCGAUCAAACAAACCAGGUCAAGAUCUUGAAGCCAUAAAUCAAAUGGGUCCAAGACUUGAGCAAUGGUGUAGAGAACCCGAAGUUAACAUGUCAGAAAGUAACAUGUUUGGGUUAAUCCAUGGAGAAGAAAAGCUAUUUGCUAAUGCAAUCUUGUUAAGGCUUGCUGAUGCUUUUACCUCAGAGAACAAACAGAUUCAAGCCUCUGUUGUUAAACUUUUCCUUUAUUUAUGGAAGAACUGUAAAAAGAAAGGAUACAACCAACUUGACAGAGUAAUGUCAAAGCUUAGUUUAAUGAAUAGGGUAGAGCUACUAAGGAGGGUUAAGGUUGUCUUUGAUGGUGGUGACACUGAAUCCCGAGCUCUUGCAUUGACAUUUUUUGGCUGCUGUGCUUGUAUUGCUAAGGAAAGAGCAGAAAUUCGGUAUCUUAUUCUUUCAAGUUUGAUGUCAAGUGAUGUUCUAGAGGUGAAGGCGUCAUUAUUUGCUGCAGGGUGUUUUUCUGAGCUGUCUGAUGAUUUUGCUUCAGUGUUCUUCGAGAUAUUAGUUAAUAUGGUGACAUCAUCUGAUUUAUCAUGGGAUGUAAGGUUGGUCGGCGUGCGAUUGUUUUCCAAAAUGGGAUCCUCGUUAACACUUGCCAGUAAAGCUUACAAGAUAGGGAUAAAACUGCUGUUAGAUUCAUUGGAAGAGGAUCUAUCACGUGUAUUGCUUAUUUCUCUUUCAAGACUUGCUUCAAGAUCAAUAUGCCUCAUUUCUGGACAGCGAGGGAAAUUUGCGAUUUUUCUUCAACUGCAGAUUCAUUGGAGAUAUUGGUCCACAUACUCGAAGAGUCAUCAUUUUCACCUUUACUGCGAUGUGGAGCUCUUAAUCUUCUCCAGAAGAUGAUGCUCUCAUAUGCCUUACCUACUAUGUCGGACACAAACAUGCUUGAGAUCCCCAAGCUCUUUAUUGUUCUAAAAAAUUCAGUUCAAUCUUCAAUCUGGGAAGAAAGAGUCUCAGCCAUUGGCAUUCUGAUUGAUUUGGCACAGAAUAUCACUGGGAAGAAAGAUGCAACAUUUCUAGCAUCUAGAAUCAUGUUAUUUGUCAUUGAUCAGAUCAACUGGCUAGUUCGGCAAGUACAGGAUCUUCAUCAGCAAGAUGGACACAGCUUGCUUGGUCUUCUUCUUUAUCUUGUUGAAAAUUAUCCAGAUCUCGGGAGUGUUGAGCUGGACAAGAUUUGU